AUGGAGCUUCAGGUGGAGAACCAGAGUCAUGUGCCCGAGGAAACCAGCACCGUGUUGCCCCCUGCUUCUCUCGUCCUGGGGAUGGGGGUCGACAACUUCAUCUCCCUGCUGGUCUUUGGACUGAUCUUCAUCCUGGGUGCACUCGGGAACGCCACGGUCAUCACGGUGCUGGCUCGAAGCAAACCGGGUCAACCCAGGAGCACGACCAACAUCUUCAUCCUGAACCUCAGCGUGGCGGACCUGUCCUACCUGCUCUUCUGCGUCCCCUUCCAGUCCACCAUCUACAUGCUGCCCACCUGGGUGCUGGGCGCCUUCAUCUGCAAGUUCAUCCACUACUUCUUCACCGUGUCCAUGCUGGUGAGCAUCUUCACGCUGUCCGCCAUGUCCGUGGACCGCUACGUGGCCAUCGUGCACGCCAGGAAGUCCUCGAUCCGGGUGGCUCGGCACGCCAUGCUCGGGGUGAUGCUGAUCUGGAUCCUGUCCCUGGUGAUGGCGGCUCCGGUGGCGCACUACCAGAGCAUCGUGGAGCGGGAGGACAACACCACGUUCUGCUGGGAGGUCUGGCCCGACCACCAGAGGAAGGUCUACGUGAUGUGCACCUUCGUGUUCGGAUACCUGCUGCCUCUCGCCCUCAUAUCUGUCUGCUAUGCCAAGGUUUUGAAAUAUCUGCACAAAAAGCUGACAAAAGUCUCCAAGAAAUCCGAGCUCGCCAAAAAGAAGACGGCACAGACAGUCCUGGUGGUGGUGGUGGUCUUCUGUCUGUCCUGGCUGCCCCACCACAUCGUGCACAUGUGGGUGGAGUUCGGCUCCUUCCCCCUGAACCAGGCGUCCUUCGUGUUCAGGAUGGUGGCCCACUGCCUGGCCUACAGCAACUCCUCCGUCAACCCCGUCAUCUACGCCUUCCUGUCGGAGAACUUCAGGAACUCUUACAGGCAGGUGUUCCGGUGCCGGGCGCCCAGCGAGUGUCCCCUGAACGACACCAGGGACCCCCGCAGCCGGUUGGAGCCGGUGCUGUCCACCAACGUCAGCCUGGCUUACAAAGGUCACGACUCUCAGAUCGGUAAAAUGCUUUGA